AAAAGUUCAAAAAUUCGCUAUCUGAGCGAGCCCUGAUUUGUUCUUCCUGGCUAGCUGCUGCACCUUUUGAAAUUCCUUUCGAGGUAAUUGCUCAAUACUUCACAUGUGUAAGUCUAAUUUGGUUGCUGUUAGAUUUUAGGGUUUAUCUAAUUGGAUUGCUUUUGUGGUCUCUGCUUUUGUGUUGAACGUUUGAGGAACUGCUGGAAAGAUUAGGGCCUGAAUCCGGUAGUAGGAAUGGAUUCUGAAUCCAGGUACGAGCGACGCAAGGAGAGAGAUAGUCUAGAUGAUUCGCCAAGAAGGCAAUAUGAUGAAGAUGGAGUUGAAAAAUCAAGUAAGCAUUCUAGUAGAGAUAAGGAUAGGAAGAAAAGCAGCCGAGGAGAAGACAGGGAGAGGGAACAUAGAAACAAGGAUAGAGAACGCUCCUCCAAGAGGAAUAGUGAAGAUGUCACCAAGGAUUUGGACAAGGAGAAGUCAAGAGAGAAGGAGCGUGAGCGUGAUAAGGAAAGGAAAGACAGAGGGAAGGAGAAGAGCAGGGAUAGGGAUAGGGAUAAGGAGAGAGAGAAGGAAAGAGAAAGAGUAAAGGAGAAGGAGAAAUAUAAGGAUCGAGAGAAAGAGAGGGAAGUUGAGAAAGAUAGAGAUAGGGAAAAAGGAAGAGAGAAGACUAAGGAGAGGGAGAGAGAUUCAGAUUAUGAUAAAGAAAGGUUGAGAGACAGAGAGAAAGUGAGUAAAAGAAGCCAUGAGGAAGACUAUGAUAGAAGCAAAGAUGACGUAGUCGAAAUGGACUAUGAAAACAACAAGGAUAGCAGUGUUUUAAAACAAUCAAAGGUUUCUUUUGACAAUAAGGAUGAACAAAAGGCUGAAGAAACAUCUCGAGGAGGAAGUGCACCCGUCUCGCAACUUGAGGAGCGCAUCUUGAAGAUGAAAGAAGAAAGAUUAAAGAAAAAUUCAGAACCUGGUGAUGAGGUUUUAGCCUGGGUUAAUAGGAGUCGGAAGCUUGAGGAGAAAAAGAAUGCUGAAAAACAGAAAGCCAAGCAGCUCUCAAAGAUUUUUGAGGAGCAGGACAAUAAUGUUCAAGGAGAAAGUGAAGACGAGGAUUCGGGCGAGCAUACAACUCAUGAUCUAGCUGGAGUUAAGGUUCUCCAUGGCCUUGAAAAGGUAAUGGAAGGUGGAGCAGUUGUUUUAACCCUCAAAGAUCAGAGUAUACUUGCAGAUGGUGAUAUUAAUGAAGAGGUUGACAUGCUUGAAAAUGUGGAAAUUGGAGAGCAGAAGCGCCGGGAUGAUGCUUAUAAGGCUGCAAAGAAGAAGACGGGAAUUUAUGAUGACAAGUUCAAUGAUGAUCCUGCUUCAGAGAAGAAAAUACUUCCACAAUAUGAUGAUUCAGCUGCAGAUGAGGGGGUGGCUCUUGAUGAAAGGGGACGCUUCACUGGUGAAGCUGAGAAGAAACUGGAAGAGCUCCGCAGAAGGCUACAAGGUGUUUCCACAAAUAAUCGUUUUGAAGAUCUUAGUUCAUCUGGGAAAAUUUCGUCAGAUUAUUAUACUCAUGAAGAGCUGCUCCAAUUUAAGAAGCCCAAGAAAAAGAAAUCCUUGCGAAAGAAGGAGAAGCUGGACAUAGAUGCCCUUGAAGCAGAAGCUGUCUCUGCAGGAUUGGGUGUUGGAGAUCUUGGUUCUCGAAAUAAUGGGAGAAGGCAGGCCAUUAGGCAGGAACAAGAGAGAUCUGAAGCCGAAAUGCGAAGUAGUGCAUACCAGGCUGCGUAUGACAAAGCAGAUGAGGCUUCUAAAUCCCUGCGUCAGGAACAGACGCUUCAUGCUAAAUUAGAUGAAGAUGAAAAUCCAGUGUUUGCAGAAGAUGAUGAGGAUCUUUACAAAUCCUUAGAAAGAGCAAGGAAAUUAGCUCUCAAGAAGCAAGAGGAGAAAGCAUCUGGUCCUCAAGCAAUUGCUCGCCUAGCUGCUGCUACAACCACCACCAGCAGUCAAACUACAGAUGAUCAGAACCCUACAACUGGAGAGUCACAAGAAAACAAGAUUGUCUUCACAGAGAUGGAAGAGUUUGUCUGGGGACUCCAACUAGAUGAAGAGUCCCAUAAGCAUGGUAAUGAUGACGUUUUCAUGGAUGAGGAUGAAGCACCGAUAGUUUCUGAUCAAGAAAAAAAAGAUGAAACUGGGGGAUGGACAGAAGUUCAAGACAUUGAUAAAGAUGAAAACCCUGUCAAUGAGAAUAAUGAGGAUAUAGUUCCAGAUGAAACCAUUCAUGAAGUUCCAGUCGGGAAAGGAUUAUCUGCUGCAUUGAAGCUGCUGAAAGAGCGAGGCACACUUAAAGAAAGUACUGAAUGGGGUGGCAGAAACAUGGACAAGAAAAAGAGUAAACUUGUUGGCAUUGUAGACAGUGAUGUUGACAAUGAAAGGUUUAAGGACAUCCGAAUCGACAGGACAGAUGAAUAUGGACGUACUUUGACUCCAAAGGAAGCCUUUAGGAUCAUUUCUCAUAAAUUCCAUGGGAAAGGGCCUGGAAAAAUGAAGCAAGAAAAGCGCAUGAAGCAAUACCUGGAAGAACUGAAGAUGAAGCAAAUGAAAAAUUCAGAUACACCAUCAUUGUCUGUGGAGCGGAUGAGGGAAGCCCAGGCUCAGUUGAAGACACCCUACCUGGUCCUCAGUGGUCAUGUUAAACCAGGGCAAACAAGUGAUCCAAGAAGUGGUUUUGCAACUGUUGAGAAGGAUCUUCCAGGGGGCUUAACACCAAUGCUCGGUGACAAAAAGGUUGAGCACUUCUUGGGAAUAAAACGCAAGGCUGAGCCUGGGAACUCCAACGCGCCAAAAAAGCCUAAAACUUGAAAAGGAAUACAUUAUGAGGUUAAAGGGGUUGUUAUUAGAAAAACAAACUAUUGAACUCAAAAGGGCAGGCAUUGCAUUACAGCUUAACAAGAUAUUGAUAAUUAGUGUAUGGUUAUCAAUAUGAUUAGAAAUUUUUGUUAAAAUUUCAUCUACACUGUUCUUGAUAGACAUUGGAAAAUUAUCAUGUUAAUACUAUAACAUGGAGAAAAUUCAAAUUCUCAAGUAUUACUAAGAGCGAAUCUAGAACAUCUGUUGGAUCUUUGUUCUAUAAGAGUUUGCAUUUUUGUCUG